CCAAUUGGCGGGGCUGGAGCAGCCACACAUGAAAUAUGAUGAUUUUCUGCUGAAGAGGAGGAGGAGGGGGAGAGGGCGGGAGGACCGCUGGCUCCCGAUGGUUUGCAUGCCGGGGGCUGCGCGGAGGACUGGCCGGAGCGGAGCCGCAGCACCCCGGGGAUGGCCCCUCGCUCCCGGCUCCCUGACCAGGAGGAUGUCACUGUCACCCAGGUGCUAAUGAAAGAAUGCAAAUAGCACCGGCUGAGCCGAACAUUUCAUAAAGAAGGGAACAGCCAGCGACCCAAAGGGCUCCGGAUCUCCCUGCGGCACCCGGUGAAGCCCCGCAGAAGAUCCCCCUGGAGUCCCAGGGUCCCGCGCUGAGGGCAGAGUCAUGGGACGGCGGCCGUGGCGCGGGGGGCACGUGCAGGCAAAACCCCCCAGCGGCGUUUGUACAAACGGGGCCUGUGACACGAGUGGAACUGAAGAACUGCAGUUGGCGUUGACGCUUCGUGUCGUCCUUCGGACCAUUUCUGCAAUUUAUCAAGACCAUUUUGAAUCCUAACCCUGGCCUCCGAAGCACUUGCAGCCUGUCCCAGCCUGGUUUCAGCAGCAGUUUUAGGGGUAAACACGCCGAAGGAGGUGAAUUCAGUCACCAAGAGCCGCUCCAGCUGUUGGGACUGAGUUUGUGUACUGCUGCGGUUACCAGGCAAUCCUCCCCAUCAGGGCACCUGGUACCAAAUUAAAUCGUGGACGAGCGAAAGAGAGAGGCCAUCAGAAUUACCGACUGCCCGAUCCCCUAAAUGUGGGAGAUACUUUUCCAAGGCUUUUGAACUCAAACGUGGAACAGAAGGAAGACGCGGGGGGACAAACAUACACCGUUCAGUGUUAUUUUCCUUGCACGGGAAAAAAGGGUCAUUUUGAGAUGAGCACUGAAGUCUCAAGUUCUCAAAGGUUUGCAUAACAAACAAGAGACACAUUGUGGGUUGCACCUCGGCUUUGAAGGCUUGCCACUGUCAACUGAAGUGAAAUGGCGAGGUUUAAAGCCUUAACCAAGUUCACAAGGAAAAUAUUUGGACGGAGAGUUCUGGAAAGCUUCCUCUCUCUGAAGUAGUUUGUCAUGCGGUACCAAUGUGAACUUUGUUGACCUUGAAACGUUUUUUUUUUUUAAUCAAAUAGAAACUAGUGACACUUUAGUAAAAUUUUAAGUCAACAACCCUCUCCUGGUGGCUCCAGCUCCAUUGCAAAUGCAGGCGAAACGGGGAAUCUGCAGAAGAGAGCUUUAUUAUUCGUAAAUGAAGCCUGCCAAAACCUUCCCGAAAUAGCAUUCAAAGACCCUUUUAAGGUCAUGGAUCCUGAACAAAGCCAGAAGAGCACAAAAAAGGCUGAGGAAAGUCCAAGAAAGAGGCUUCCCAAAGGAGAGGCUUUCCAAGGCAGUAUUUCACCCACAGCUGCGUACCAGGGCAGCUCGGCUCCGGCGCAGGGGGCGCCUCUCCGGGACAUCAUAUCGCAGCAGCACUUUUCUGGUCCCGUGCCGGUCCCGAGGGAGGAGGCUCCGGAGACGGCUGCCCCCCAGAAGCAAGCCAAGCCCUCCUCUUUCGACCACCCUCCCCACGUUCCGCAGCUUCAGCAGCACGCCCUGUCACCAGCAUUCAUGUCUCCUGGGAAGCCGGAGCACGUCCUCGAGGGCCCCACGUGGCAGCUAGUUGAUCCCGUACGACCGGGCCCCUCCGGCUCCUUCUCAUCGCCUGGGCUCCACUCUCACCACGGCCAGCUCUUACCUUCCCAUUCACCGAUCAUUCCUGGAGAGGACGUGCCGUCCGUUCAAAAGGUCUAUAUCCCUCGCCCGUCGCAGGUUUCCUUAAAACAAGCCGAGGAAGUGCACAAGAAGGAAAAGAAACCUCAGAAGCCGGGCAAAUACAUUUGCCAGUACUGCAGCCGGCCUUGCGCGAAGCCGAGUGUGCUCCAGAAACAUAUCAGGUCACACACGGGCGAGAGGCCGUACCCUUGCAUUCCAUGUGGCUUUUCUUUUAAGACUAAGAGCAAUUUGUAUAAACAUAGGAAAUCGCACGCUCAUCGAAUCAAAGCUGGGCUGGCCUCAGGGAUCGGGGCGGAGAUGUAUCCGUCGAGCCUGGAGAUGGAAAGGAUCGGCGGGGAGGACUUCGAGGAGCCGACAGAAGGAGAAAGCACAGACUCGGAGGAGGAGACGGGCACCAUGUCGGGCCACUCGGUCGAGCUCUCGCCCAGGCAGAAGCACUCGCUGUUGGCCGGUAGUUUGCUGAGCGGAGGGAGCCAGGGCUCCAGCCACGACCGCUGCUCCUUGUCUCAUUCCAGCAUGUCCCAGUCUCUGGAGGACAGCACCCAGUUUGCGGAGCCACCGUCAGACCACGCUCUGAGCCAUAAAUCGGAAGACACCCACACCAUAAAGCAGAAGCUUGCGCUCCGCUUGAGCGAACGGAAGAAGGUCAUAGAUGAACAAGCGUUCCUGAGCCCCGGCAGCAAAGGCAGCACCGAGUCGGGCUACUUCUCGAGGUCGGAAAGCGCAGAGCAGCAGAUCAGCCCGGCAAAUACUAAUGCAAAAUCUUAUGCAGAAAUUAUUUUUGGGAAAUGUGGUAGAAUUGGGCAAAGGACUGCAGCGUUAGCUGCAAACACAACCCAGGGGUUCCCACACCUGUCUACUGAAGAGAAACCUAGCAUGGUACCGUUAUCUGUGCCUAGAACACAGGUUAUUGAACACAUCACUAAGCUAAUUACAAUUAAUGAAGCUGUUGUAGAUACCAGUGAAAUAGAUAGCGUUAAGCCUAGAAGAAGCUCUUUAUCUAGACGUAGCAGCAUUGAAUCUCCAAAGUCUAGUGUAUAUAGAGAACCGUUCCAGUUUGAUAUCAAGUCUGGUUCCAGUAGCCAGUUGGAUGCAUCCAAAGUGUUGACAUCCCACGGCGAAAAGAUGAAGCCCGAACAAUCAUUGUUGUCACUUCAGCAAUCCCACAGUGCCACAGAGACAGUGCCUCUCCUAAGAAGCCACUCAAUGCCUUCUGCUGCAUGCACUAUGAGCUCCCCACACACCUUUCGCGGUAGCUAUUCAUUCGAUGAUCACAUCAUGGAGUCUGAAGUCUUAAGCCGCAGUCAAGCGUUUUCUUCCCAUCCUCGAAUGCUAAAGCGACAACCAGCUAUUGAGCUACCUUUGGGAGUGGAGUAUGCCUCGGAGGAGGUCAGCUCUGCGAACAAAGAAGCUGUUUCCAAACCUCCCGAAGAGCCUGAAACCAAGGAAAGCGAUCUUACCAAAAAGUCACGGAAGGGUCCGAAAGCUAAAGGGUUCAUGUACGAGUGUAACAUAUGUGGUGCUCGGUAUAAGAAAAGGGACAAUUAUGAAGCCCAUAAGAAAUACUACUGUUCAGAACUGCAGCUCUCCAAGCCUCGUUCUUCCACGUCCCAUACCUCUUCAGAGCCGGAGAAGAGCGCUGUGGAUCCUGACGCGUGGCCCCAGAUGAUGCAUUACAAGCUGGGGAGCACCUUGGAGCUCACUCCGCUCCGGAAAAGACGGAAGGAGAAGAGUCUCGGUGACGAUGAGGAGCCUCCGGCUUUCGAGUUGUCUGACACUCCUUCCUCCAGUACUGCGACAGCGCCUCAGUUUGCAAACCCAGCGUCAUCCGAUGUCGCUUUAAACCUGACCCGUGAAUCCAUUAAGUCACCAGCAGACCCAGGUAAAUCCACACCUUUGGAUGUCAGCGCCGGCUUUCAUUCCAGGAACACCAAACCGGCUUCAAGCGCGGAGGGCAAAGAGAGAAGAACAACCUCGAAGGAGAUCUCUGUGAUCCAGCACACGAGCUCCUUUGAGAAGUCUGACUCCAUCGAGCAGGCGAGCAGCUUGGAAGCGGAGGAGAAGCCCUUGUCGCAGUUCUCGCCUCAGCCCAGCGCCCAGCCCAGCCGGCCGCCCCACUCCCUGCAGCCCCGGCUGGUGCGCCAGCCCAACAUCCAGGUCCCUGAGAUCCUGGUCACGGAAGAGCCUGACAGACCAGAGACGGAGCCGGAGCCUCCUCCGAAAGAGCCGGAGAAAACGGAGGAGUUUCAGUGGCCGCAGAGGAGCCAGACGCUUUCUCAGCUCCCCGCGGAGAAACUCCCACCAAAGAAGAAGAGGCUGCGGCUGGCGGAGAUGGCUCAGUCCUCCGGAGAGUCCAGUUUCGAAUCCGUCUCUCUCACCCGAAGCCCAAGCCAGGAGAGCAGCAUAUCCCACGGCUCCAGCCACUCUGUCUCGUUCGAUCGUGACGAUCACAGCAAGGCAGAGUCAACCAGCCAGCCCUCCGAGUCCCAGCCCAAGCCUCCCGGCCUCGGCUCACAUAUGCUGAUGGUUCCGAGCCACCAUCACCAUUCCAGGGAAAUGCGGAGAUCUGCUUCUGAGCAGACGCCAAACGUGUCCCAUCCUUCCCAGAUGUCAGAGACCCGCAGUAAAUCGUUUGACUACGGGAGCUUGUCGUCCACUCCCGCCUCCGCCCCCGGCCCCUCGGCCCCCCAGGAGAGGAGGAAAUGCUUCCUCGUCAGGCAGGCGUCCCUCACCAGGCACCCCGAGCACGACCCAGACCCGGCCCCCACAGCCCGAACAGACACAGAAGAUCCAAUUCCUUCUUCAAGUAAAUCUCCUUCGACGAGUUUGCCCCAUCAGCCCACAUCUUCAUCCCCUUUGCCGUCUCAUGGUACCUACCCCAGUGAAAAGAGCCAGCCGAAGGACAGCCCUGAGCCGGCGUACACCCAGCCCUACACAGAAGCUCUGCAGGUGUUUCACCACCCCGUCCCACCGCUAACGCUGCACGAGAAGCAGUUCAUGUCCCCACAGGUCUCCAUCCUCCCCUACCAGCCCCUCCUGCCGCAGCCGGGGCAGUCUGCGGAGCUCUUCGCCGCGCACACCAUGUCCGACAUCCUCUCCGCUCAGUUCUCCAUGCCGCAGAUUCCUCCUUCCAUAUUUCAGACUCCGCCGCUGCCUCUCCCGCAGACGCUCCUGCACCCGGGCCCGCUCCACAUCGCUCCCCCCUUGAUGUCUCACCCCGCCGAGGUGCCGUUCAGGCAGCAUCCCUCGUUCCUGCCGGUGCAUUACCCCGGCUCCUCGCCCAUCCCUUCAGCCUUUUUUCUGCCUCUUCAGUCUCAGUUUGCUCUCCAGUUGCCAGGUGAAACUGGCGGACAUUUGUCACCGAUCAAAUCCAGUUUAUUCCCAGCAGCAGGAACCUCCAGUCUUUCUCUGUGCACAGAAUAUGGCUCCGACAGCAGGUUGCAUCCUUUGACCUGCACAACGAGUCCUUCGGUGUCCAUAUCCACGUCCCAGCUGGUUGUUCCCACGCGCUCAGACCCAAUGGUGUCUCUCGUUGUCCCCGUUCGCAUACAGACAAACAUGCCGUCCUACGGGACUGCCAUGUACACAACGCUUUCCCAGAUCCUGGUCACUCAGUCCCAGUGCAGCUCCUCUUCUAUCGUUCUCCCCAAAUUCGAGGAUCGCCAACCCAAGGGUACCCUGGUGUGCAGUGCCGAUGUUCACGGGCUGGGCUUCGAUCUGGCACAGGUGAUCACAGAGGAUCAAAGAAGCAUUUUCCAGAGCCCGUAUCUGAGAGUGCCCCUGCCCUUGCCAGAACGAAAGGGCUACAUGCCGCUCACCUCCCCGUCAGACAGCGUCCUCGGGCUGGAAGGAGGCCCCUCAACGGUCGGUGGAAGUAAAAGGAUGCUCUCUCCAGCUGGCAGCUUGGAGCUGACCAUGGAAACACAACAGCAGAAGAGGGUGAAAGAGGAGGAGGUGUUGGAAGCAGAAGAGAAGUUGGAAGUGGUGAAGCCACACAGCGCAACAGAGGAAGGGAAAAAGCAGGAUAAAUCUCACUUCCUUGCAGAAAGCCAAGGCAGGGUCGAGGUUGAAACACCACCUGGUUUGUCCUUAGAGCAGUCGGAGCCAAAGGAAAUCCCAAGUACUUCGCAGCAAGCUGUGUCCCGUUCAGGUUCUCCAAGUUUCGAGGCGCUGGAGGAGUACGAGCAGCCGGCUGGCAAGCAGUUCCUCAGCAAGGCACCUUCGCAAGCUGUGAAGAAAGAAGACUCCAAAGAAGUGGUGGAGCAGCCUCCACCAAACCCUCCAAGCCCUGCACCUCUCUCGGAGGUCCCUCGUAGUGCAAUGAAGUCUCGAGAAGGUACGGACACGAAGAAGGUACUCCAGUUCCCCAGCCUCCACACAACCACUAAUGUCAGUUGGUGCUAUUUGAACUACAUAAAGCCAAAUCACAUCCAGCAAGCGGACCGGCGCUCUUCAGUGUACGCCAGCUGGUGUGUCAGCUUGUACAACCCCAACCUGCCGGGUGUCUCCACCAAAGCAGCCCUGGCCCUCCUGAGGUCCAAGCAGAAGGUGAGCAAGGAGACCUACACCAUGGCCACGGCUCCGCGGCCAGAGGCGGGCAGGCUGGUCCCGGCCGGCUCCAGGAAGCCAAAAAUGACAGAGGUUCAUUUGCCUUCGCUCCUUUCUAAUGAAGGUCGAAAAGACAUAACUAGAGCUGAGAAGGAAGAGGAUAAGAGAGGAAAAUCAGAAGAAGAGGCUCUUGUAACCAAAAGAGGGGAGCCAGUGAGGAUCAAGAUCUUUGAAGGAGGGUACAAAUCAAACGAAGAGUAUGUGUAUGUGCGAGGCCGUGGAAGAGGGAAGUAUGUAUGUGAGGAGUGUGGAAUUCGCUGCAAGAAACCCAGCAUGCUGAAGAAACACAUUCGCACGCACACAGACGUCAGGCCAUAUGUCUGCAAGUACUGUAACUUUGCUUUUAAAACCAAAGGGAAUCUGACUAAACAUAUGAAGUCAAAGGCCCACAGCAAAAAAUGUCAGGAGAUGGGCGUGUUGGUAUCUUCACUGUUGGAUCUGGAAGCCGAAGAAGGAACCAGUGAAGACCUAUUCCAGGACUCUGAGGGGCGGGAGGGAUCUGAGCCAAUUGAGGAACAUCAGUUUUCAGACCUAGAAGAAUCUGACGAUGAUGAUGACAACGAAGAUGAGGAAGAUGAGGAGGAAGAGGAGAGCCAAGAUGAGCCACCUUUAAAGUUGUCGGAAGGCAAACCUGCCACCCUCCCGCUGCACUCUUCAGGUGGCUCUCCAUCUUCUCAAGAGGAAGGCACCGAAAUAGCGUCAUCCUUAGCCCAAGAAACUGUUUCCAGCAGCCAAAAAGCAGGUGAAGACCAGCAGGGCUCCUCCUCGGGGCUGGAAACGAGGUGGUCAGCAGACAGCAGCGACAUUGCCGUGUGCCACAGUUUCUUGAGUCUCCACAGACCAGCUUUGACCUCCACCGAACAAUUGGCUUCUGCUGAAAGAGAGUCUGUCACAAGGCCCCAGAUGUCCUUAGUUAUGGACCUGUCAACCUCCAAGGACACCUCCCCAAGGAGAAGGUGGUCUCCGAGUCAGGACUCCGGCAGAGGUGCUGGCAGCAGCCGACCAAUGCUCGCAAGAAAGCACCUGUUAACCAAAAACGAAACUUCGCCCAAACGGUUUUCACCGACCGGAGAGCUGUCUCCUCUCAGGUGCCUGUCUCCAGGGAGAGGGGUGUCUCCUGGCCAGCGUGUCUCUCCCAGGAGGGAGGCGUCUCCACUGAGGUGUGUGUCACCAAGGCUUGAGCUGUCGCCCAGCCGGCAUCUUUCCCCCCGAACAGAGCUGUCCCCGAGGUCGUACCUUCCACCAGAAGGAGAAGUCUCCCCUGUGAGGCACUCGUCGCCGAGCAGAGAGAUGUCAUCAGUCAGAUAUUUAUCGCUGAAGAAGGUCCUGUCCCCAGGCUGUUCGGAGUCACCGAGGUAUCCGUCCCCCGGGAAAGAGGACUUGCCUGGUACAAGCAAAUCAGCAGCAGAUGACAAAGUUCAAAGCUCAUAUCAAGCCCAGCACGGGAUAUUGUCUUCGAUGCCUCUACCUCACAGGUUCUUUGGCAAAAACGUACAGCUCUAUGAGUCCAAGCUGAAGAUAGAACCACGAAGCCCAACGCGCUCGCCUGGCGUCACACAGCCUGUCUGCUCCAGACCCUUGCAGACACCUCACGAGAUGCACCUCCACGCUCCCAGCCGAGGCGGGGACAACGUCUUCAGCCAUCUCCCGUUGCAUUCGCAGCAGCUCACGAGGACGCCGUAUCCUAUGAUUCCCAUCGGGGGCAUCCAGAUGGUCCAGGCGAGGCCCAGCACCCACCCCAGCUUGGUGCCCGGUUCGGUCGUGUCCCUGCAAGCCGGAUACUUCGCCUCUGGUGACAGCAGCUUCGUGGAGUUCAGCCGCGCUCCCCAGAGGGACGAGGACCCGCCGGUCCCACAGGAGCCAUCGUCGGCGUCCGUCUCCCCGGUCGCAAAGGUUUCCAAAUACACGCUGUCCCCAGAGCUUACAAGCAGCGGGUACUUAGAAGAGAAAACGAGGACUAGUGAGCUUCAGCAAAAGACAGACCAGGAGGAAUACAGGGUAAAAAUGUUCGCGGAGUCCAGCCGCGUGGAGCAGGCGGCCCCGGGCAGCCCCGGCGCCACCCACGAGCACUCUCCAAAGCCUUCGACGAGCGGGGAAGAACCCUCGAAGAAAACGGGCAAGAAGCAAUCCGGCAGCUCGAGCACUUGUUUGGAAUCGUCCUGCACUUUCAUCUCAGACCCCCCCUCGCCACCGCUGGACCGGAGCAGCAGCACCGGCUGCCUCUCGGAGCCGCCGUCCAGCCACCCGCACGCCCAGCCCUUCGGCCGCAGGAGGAACCUCUCCGGGGACCCCGGGGGCCCCCCCAGGGCCAGCAGCCUCGAGCACGCAGAUGUAGGUCAAACUCAACACAAGGUGGAUGAAAACACGGGAAGUACUUAAGCCCCCGCGAUCCGUUCCACCUUUAGGCUUCCUAUGUAAAAUCAACAGACAUUUUCAACACUAUUUCCUUUAGUAUAAUCAUCGCUAUACGAAGCACUCUAGUGAAUGACCAAACCCAUGGAAGAUUCCUGGUUUUCUUUGUCCCAGUCUGGUAUUAUCUCCACAUGUAUGCAGUUACUUGUGCCUUUUUCUAUACCUUUUGUUGCUUGAAAUGUACAAAGAUGUUUGAGGCUGUGAAUAUUUUUUUAGAGUUUUUUGGAAAGGGGUUUGUUAGACCUUGUCUUUUUUGCCAUUUCGGUGUGCGUUCUUAUGGGCCUGAGAGAUGCAGAAAGGAAAGGGUUAAUUAAGCAUUUUAGGAGGAAGAAGAUGCACUGAAAACAAAAACAAAACAGAAAAACUUUUUUGUAUUGAUUAAAUGAUUAAAAAAGAAAACAAACCAAACCCUUGCUCCUGUGUACAGAAGUUUAUGAUUCGUAUUUAUUACAGGCUUUAUUUAAUUCUUGCAAAGUGCUUGGUUUUUGGUUUCUUCCUUGCAUCCCUCGGGUUGCCUAUGGUUGUGCUUUAAAGAGUUGAGACUGCUUUACAUUUGAGAAACGUGUUUACCCUGAACUUGUCAAUGACAGUAGCACUUCCUUGAGCAGGGGGAGGCUCGUGCGCAGCGAGAGAAAUCCCUACCGGCAAGAGAAAACGAAGCCUGAGCGUCCUCCCUCCUGCCGCCCCCAGCAAAGCACUUUUCUAAAAAGGGACAAAAAAGCAGGUUCUUCUUCAAAGCUUUCCCUGCAAGAACACAGGAAUGUAUCGAAUGUAGCCCCGGGAAUGGUGUCUCUCGCUGGACGAGCCGGCCUCCUGCUCGCUUUAACCCUUCCGCCCGCUGCGUGAUGCGCCCGCGUCGCCCCGCCAGCCCGCCUGUGCCUGACAGCCCCGCGUUCCUGCGGCUGGGAUCGCUCUGCGAGCAGCCCCCUUCGCGCCCCGCUGCAAGGGCACUCGGCCUUGCAACCGUGUUCCCCCCGCCGUGGUUUUGCAGUGGCAGACGAGCUCCGUCCGUCAGUCCCGCUCGCUCCGUCCGUCAGUCCCGCUCGCUCCCGCCUGGUUCCGCUCCCCGCAGGUCUGCGCGCCCGCCGCUCCGCGUCUCCCCCGCCACCCCCCGUCUUAUGUUAAUUUAAUUUAUUUAUUUAAACACAACGUGGCAAACGUCCCUAUGGUGCAGGCGUGAUGGUGCGGAGUGGUCGGUGUUUGCAAUCAGCUGCUUGUGCAUGCACAGUGGUUUUCCGUGAGGAUCCGUGGCGGAGCAAUGGCCUCUACUGCCGAUAGAUACCAAAUACAGAGAGAGCCCCUGGAGCCGCUCCUCUGUCCCGCUGACGUGCAGUUUAAAAUGCAGAUGUUGGCAGGUGUUUGCCCUGGCGGACAGCAGGCCCUGCGCUGCUUCAGGGGCUCUUCUGCUCUAUGGAAUCUGUACAAACCUCUUUUUUUUAGUUAAAAAAAGAAAAGCUAUAACUAUUGAACCAGCGGGGCGGUUCUUUCUGCUUUCGGAGCUGCUCCGCUUUAUCGGGUACGUAAUAUGCUUUUUUAAAAAAAUUAAAAAUUAAAAAAAAACCAAACAAAUAAAACCCUAACCGAGAACACAUUUCCUUGCCAGACUUGAUGAGCUGCGAACUGUUCCCGUUUCACGGGCAAAUAAGAUCAUUUUUUUAAUAAUCUUCUGUGAUUAUUAUAUUUUUUUUUUCUUUUCUUGUAAAGGGAAUUAAGUACAAAAGAAGAUAUCAUGGAAAUAACAUUAAGGCUGUGACACUGACCAAAACAAGGUCCAGAACCCAUUUAUACCUUAAUUAGCACUUUGAUCGAGUUUCCCUUUUUCCGUCUCCCCCUGUUUGGCCCCAGGCCUGGGAGCUCGGCUCAGCUGAACCCUCAGUGCGGCUCUUAAGCACCAGCCUAAAUCCCACUCAGGCUUUAAGCGUCUGCUUAGUAUCAAGAUGCUCGGCCAGGGCCGGCGUGAGCAUCCCUGGAAACCAUCCGCCCCAUCUAGUGACAGUUUGGACUUUCCUGCCUUCUGCCACUGUCCCCCAGCUUGCCCUCGUCAUGCUCUUAACAUUAUUCCAAGGUAGCUUUUUGUAUUUAAUUUAUAUAUAUAUAUAUAUAUAUUGAAAUUGUACAUAAAGAAAAAUAGCGCAGCAGCCGUGCACUCAGCAUCCCAGUUUUAUUAGGUGCAUUUGACACGAGCUUUGGGCUAGAUCAAAUUUGCUUGGCUUCUUUCCGUAACCAUUUUAAUCCUUGACCUGCUGAUACUUCGCAUGUUUUGCCUUUGUUUUUUUUCCUCCCUCUGUCAUUUCUGAACAGAGGGGAAAAAAAAGAACAACAACAAAACCCAGAAGUCAUUACGUUGGUUUUGUUGCUGUGGUUUAUUUUAGUUAUUAUUAUUAUUAUUUCUUAAAGCUUUGCUGGCAGCUCAAGAUGAGUUGAAGCUUUCAGCAUCGCGGCUGCAGAGCAUCCGUGCUGGCGGCUGGCGCUGCGUGCGACCAUCCGAUCCCUCCACCUGCGGCCAAAACGGAAGGAUCGGGGUGAGGAGUUUGGGAAUUGCUCCCCGAGGGGACCCCGUACCCGUCACCCGGCGGCCGCGGGGCGGGCACCGCUGGAAACUCAGGGGAUGGGCAAAUAGAGACCCCAAGGCUGCUCCGUCUCCAGCCGCUGCGGCUCCUCUGCGGGACGGCGGGGGAUGCUCUGGCCGGGGGUGAAAUGGUGCUUCAUGUCAUACCUAACGGGCGCAAUACGGCCUAUUGGAUAGGCAAAAGGGAUCACAAAAAUCAAUAUUUAAGGGCUAAUUCUCACACGGACAGCUCAGAGCCCGGCGGGAAGGGCGUCGUCCUCCGCGCCGCCACCAGCAUCUCCGCCUGCGGGCAGGGCGGGUGUCCCCGAGCCCGGCUGCGGGAUCGUGGGGUGACCCCGUGCCAGUCGCGUCUCCCCGCCCCUUGCGCUCAGCCCAGGGGCACAGCGGCUCCAGCCGUGUUCAUAGGGUUGCGUGUUACCGACGGUCCAGCCGUCACUGGUGGCUGCCGUUCCCACCUGAGCGCCCGUUGGGCUCCCAGUGUCACGCUCGGUGAAAGCUGUUUGCGGGUCACAGCUUUUAAUGUCACUCGGGGUGUCUCUUCUGUCUGCAGAAUAGGAGUGAUAAAUCCUAAUUUACCUCCCACAGGGCUGGCUGGGUUUGGCUGUACUGACGCUUGGCGGAGCGGUUGGCAGUAUUAUUCGCAAGAGAAUGUAUUUAUUAAUAAUGCAAAUAGGCAAAUGAAAAAACCAAAGCCCAGCCCUUCCUUCUUAUUGGCAGGUGGAAAUAAAAUCUCCUGCUUUUCUUCUGGCAGAGGGUCUGUAAAUGUAUAGUCUGUGAGGGCAAGUGGCUCCCAGAGACCGGCUGCUCCUCGUUGUUAUGUAGCUGGUUAAUCAGCCAAAACCCUACUCAGAUAUUUCCCUCCCUAUUAAGCUGUUUGUGUAGCUCCCCUGAUCACAGGUACUCAUGGAAAUGAAUGCUCUGGCAUCCAAGAAACCAUUCUGCAUGGAGGACUUGGCCCCUGCACUUAAAUAACUCCUUGAACCAGCCGUUAAGUACCAAACCUUCUAUCCAGAGCUAAUAAAGCUCUUGUACAUUGGCUUAAGCUUAAGCAUUUCUGGAGUUUCAGUAACUUCUUUGUGCUUAAGCGUGAGUUUAGCUGCUUUCAUCACGGUCACAGAGCUCGGUGUCCUGCAGGACUGCACAGCCCGUGGGUGGAGGAGAGGGGGCGGUUGGCUCCCAAAGCGACCCCGUGCCUUGCAGCCGAUCUCCAUCCGCUCUGAUUAUCCACAGGUUGUUGGCUGGAUACCCGGGAAUGCGGCAGGAAACGCUUAAAGCUGCGACUUUACAGCCUGUGACUGGGAAAUGUGUUUCGUCACCUGCUCCUAAGGGGGACAUGUCAGCCCUGGUGUCCAUAGCGUCGCACUCCUCGGCUCGCUGGUAAAACCCACCCGCCCCAUCAGGCCCGCUGGGCUGUACUGGGAGCGCUGGGUCCAUCCCCAGUGCUGGGCUGGAGGUGACACCAUCGGGGCGGUGUGGGUGACCCAGCCGCCCCAUCGCUCUGCUUUCCCCUCCACCAAAAAACCCCUACAAGUUGGUUUUUCCCCCUAAGCCGGCGUUCCCUUUUCCCUGGUUUUUGCCCUAAACCCACUGAAACAGCCCCUGAACAAGCAAUACACUCGCUCACACAGAAAUCACUCAAAUGAUUCCAAUUCACACAAAAAGUCCUCGGUAAUUUGAUCUAGCCCUUUGCUGCUGCUCUUGCAAUUGUUUUCCAUUUGCUGAAUUGAUUCCAUCACGUGCUUUUCUUUUUUAAUUUCCAUCUGUUGCACAGUAUUUACCAAUAAAACCAUUCUGUAAAUUAUUGACAAAAAAAUAAUCAGUCCUGAUGGCAUAAACCCAAUCUGUUUGCAUUACUGAGAUACGAUGGCACUUACGAUCACUUUAGUAAAUGUAAUGUAAAGAAUAAUAAUAAUAAUGUGUACGCAAAUUUAAUAUACAUGGUCUCAUGUAAGAUAAAUAUCUGCCUUUUUUUCUAAAAGGUGUAUGUAUUCUGUAAGUGGAAUAGUCUGUAGAAAGUUUCUAUAUGUUCUUAAAAUGGCAAUACAUUCCAAAAAGGUUCUGUAAAUAUGUACAGAGGACAAUGUAAUUUGGUAGUUUUGCCUGUAAUUUUAUUUUCACUCCGGUUUCUACACUUGCAUCUUGCAAUGUCUGUAUGGUUAUAUCAGUGCAAAAAAUGCAGGUAAAAGCACAGUCUGAUGUAAAAACAAAAAAAAAAGGCAACAAAAAAACACACAAAAAUGAAAAGAAAAAAGAAAAAAUACUCAGUAUUUGAUGUUUGUGACCCUUAUUGUAAAUGACAUCUGUACUGUGAAUGAGAAGUUUUUACGAGUAUAAUAUUGCCUUUACUACCGCUCAGAUUGUCUGCUCGGUCUGAGCGUAUUUUUAAAAAAACAGCAUGUUGGAAUAAAUUUUAAAGUCCCAACAUA